AUGGUCUGGAGCCAGGGCCUUUGUGGAGGGGUUGCUUCAGAUCCUGACAACUUGCCACCAGAUGGAGCUGUGGUUAUCCAUCCCAAGGCAUCUGUGGGCUUGAAUGUGGUGACCUAUGACGAUGUGCACAUCACCUUCACUCAGGAAGAGUGGGCUCUGCUGGAUCCUUCCCAGAAGAGUCUCUAUAAAGAUGUGAUACUGGAGACCUACAGGAACCCCUCUGCCAUAGGCUACAGUUGGAAAGACCAUAAUAUUGGAGAACAUUGUCAAAAUUCUAGAAGAUGGAGAAGGUAA